AUCGAUUUCAGAGUGCAACUGAGGGGGUAACCAAAAGGUGCGUCGUCUCAUGGAGACGAAAUUUCACUCUAUGUUUUAUUACUAUUGUAUUGAUGAUGAUGAGCGAGGUUAGCUCUGGUCUGAUUAGGCGAGCAACGAAACUAGUAUGGAUAGAUCGGUGCGGCGAAGACUUGGCAGCAGGGAUGACUGUGAAAAACAGCAGAACCACAAGGGGUCCGCCUCUUCAAAAUGGCAGUCACUUGACUGCGACAAGCUCGAGCCCUACAUCCGAAGCGGUGCCAUUGCCUUAAUCGACUCUGAGUGGAUAAUCCGGUAUUCAAAGGAAUCCAAAACAAAACCUGUUCCUCACAGACAGAACCUGCCACCAGACGCCUUGGUUUCGCUCGAUACCCUCAAGGCUAAUGUUGAGGAGAGAGGGCGGCUCCCUAUUUUCGCAUUAAGCUACACGUGGCUUCACCCGAAUCAUCCCGAUCCGCAUUCCCACCAACUGGAAACUCUUGCAGAAGGUCUUGCUGAUAUGAUGAAGAUUGUUGUCCCUGAUGGGGAGUCUGAAGGAGGAAUGACUUGGCAACGACGCAAAUGUUUCCUGUUCUGGGACUACCUUUCUUUGUACCAACAUCCUAACCCCCAACGUAAAGUAUGGAGGUCAAAAGAAGAGAAUCGCCUAUUUCGACAGGGAUUGGACGGUAUGAAAUACCUUUACUGUCACAAGGAGAUUAGGGUCAUCCGAAUCGAAUCAUUCCCACCGCAAUAUCCCCAGGGCUAUAACUUGCCCAAGAAUGCCAAUAUUAGUCCAUAUUGUGACCGAGGCUGGCCCUUCUUGGAGACGAGUUUGUCAUCAUUGAACCCCGAAAUGGAUGGAACGAUUCUGUUGCAGAAAGGUGCCAAAAGAGAUACCUUUGCACAGGACAGGGACAGGAGCCCCAUCCUGGCGCCUGCAUAUUUCGAGGAAGCACUGCAGAAAAAGACGUUGACCAACCAAAAGGACGACAAACCAAUCAUCUUGCAACUCUAUAAAGAGUGUUUUGAGGAAACUUGCGCGGAUAUUACCCGCCUUCACUUGUUUGACAUGUCAUGGUCCGAUGAAACCGUGUCAAAAAUGGCCAAGGCUGUCUUUGCAGCGGGAUACACACCAAAGCUAGACUGGUUAUCCUUGCAAGGAAACUUUCUUGGUGCGAAGAGUUGUGCGGAGAUAGCUGCAGCCGUCAAGUGCGGCAAUUUACCGAGUUUGAAGCAUCUUGAUUUGUCUAGAAAUCCUGACAUUGGAGACAAGGGUGUUGCUGCUCUCGCUGAAGCUAUGGGGUGCAUCAAUAUUCAAGUUUUAGAGCUAGUAGAAACAGGAUUCCAUGAUUCAGGGUGCAGCGCCCUUGUAGAUGGCUUGGUCAAGACAGCUCCUUCGUCGUCACUAUGCCGCCUGGACAUAUCUGGCAACAGUUUCAGCCCAGCAGGGCUUGGAUGUUUGGGGAGGUUGGUUGCCCAAUGUAGCUGCCUGACAGAUCUUAGUCUGAGGGGCUCAGUAGGAGAGCAUAGCAAAGCGAUCUCAUCUUUUAAGGAGCUUUGCAAAUCAAAUGGAGUCCUAGCAAUGAUGGACGAGGAUGAUUUCGGAUUGGAGGAUAACGAUGUUGACUCACUUUGGUCUCAUGUUCAAUUUGGAGACUACAGUUGAGUUGGUAAACCGUCAAGCAGCCUCCCAAGGACACCCAUGCUCAUGUGCCCAUUUAUAUAUCUGCAAGCGUCCACUUCUGCAGCACCGUGACAAGGCCAUCUUUUUCUCUCUUAGCAGUGGUACUGCUGUCAGGGUCACCUUCGCUCUUCCAUAAAGUUCAUAAAGAUAGUACCUUCGUUUGAGAUGCAGAGAUCAACCAUACUCCUAGCUUGGAAUGACUGUUUCGUGUAGGUAUGUGGGAUCAGUCAAGAGGUAGGGGAAAAUUGGACACAGUGGUUGCACAGGGAUGCAGAUGUACCAGGGACGAGAGAUUGACUCUCUGUUUUAGUUUAUCAUCUAAAGUUCUACACUGUUUUUAAACUUCCACCAUCAUGUAACACAUAGUAAUGAGCAAGAUCGCCC